AUGAAGACCCCCCCUAUCCCCUCUCCCUCUGCCACCCACCCUACUGACCACAAAAAACCCGCCUCUACAGGGACUUGCGACGCCAAUGACUCUCUCCACCUGUCUUUAGUCCAACCUUCCGAAGAUGCGAGACUCAAGACUCUCUCCGACUUCCAACCUCAAUUCACAUACCCCAUCUUCGGCGAUGAAGAGCAGAUCUUCGGCUACAAGGGCCUGAUUAUCCGCAUGCGAUUCGCCGCUCACGACCUCCGCCCGCAUAUUCACAUAUCCUACGACGAGAAGUUCAAGCCUGUGGGGGACAUCGCCGCCGUCGAUCUACUGAAGACUCUGAAGCCAUGGAUUCCUGAAGAGGCUUUCGUUGUACUCCCGGAUUAUGAGAAGGCUGUCGUGGAGGACAAGGACGCCAAGGAUUUUGUACCUCCAGGCAAACUCGUUCACAGCUACGUCACCCGACAGAGAACAUAUGAGGUCUGGGCAGGGUCUUUAGCCGAUGCGGAGGUGCGACGACUGUUGGAUCGCGCGCAAGUCUUUGUUUCACUCUUCAUCGAAGCUGGAACGCCCAUUGUCACGGAUGAUCCCGAAUGGACGCUGGAAAGAUGGACGGUCUACUUUGUCUAUGAGAAGGUCAAGCCGCCAGUGCCCACUGCUUCACAGUAUUCCAUUGUCGGAUAUGCGACAACAUAUCGUUGGUGGUAUUACAAGAGAGACAAGACACAAAAGCCCGCCGUCCAAGAUAGCCCUUUCCCUCCGGCUGAGGUGAUCAGACCCGCUCAGCUUCCGUCGCGUUUGCGAAUCGCUCAAUUUCUCAUUCUUCCUCCUCAUCAAGGCUCGGGCCACGGUAUUCAUCUGUACACGACUAUCCACAGUGCCUGCAUCAGCGACCCCACGAUUUCUGAAUUGACCGUUGAGGACCCGAAUGAAGCCUUUGACGCCCUUCGCGAUACCGCCGACUACCACAUCCUUCGCCCAGAAUUCCAGAAGCACAAGCUGAAUAUCAAUCCAGACCCUUAUGGAGUACCGGCGAAGAAGCCCCGCCCUCGGCGCGUGCCCACAUCCGUCCUGAUUCCGACCAAGCUGCUCUCAGAAAUCCGCUCCUCGUUCAAGAUCGACUCCACUCAAUUCGCUCAUAUUUCGGAAAUGUAUCUCUUGGGUCAGAUCCCUCUUAAGAAGCGACUAGCUGGCGGAAGCAACAUGGCCCGACUUCUGAUUAAGAAACACAAUGCGGAUGACCCCGAUGAUCGGCGGUACUACUGGUGGCGCAUGCUCACCAAACAGCGUCUCUACAAACGCUCUCGGGACAUCUUGAUCCAACUGGAUCUGAGCGACCGCAUUGAAAAGCUAGAGGAGACGGUCACCAAUGUUGAGGAAGGUUAUGAAGCGCUACUUAAAGCAUUCAACGCUCGCGAAGAAGAGCUGAAAGCCAGAGAAGAAGAGCUGAAAGCCAGAGAAGAAGAGCUGGGUGACGACGUCUUAGAUGAGUCGGGUGAAGGCUCCAGGGUACAGCGCAAUAAGCGAAAACUCACGGUGGAAGAUGACGAUGACGAGGACGAGGACGAGGGGGAGGAGGAGGAGGACUCGCCUGUCAAGCGACUGAAGGCGUAA